UCGCCGCCGGAGCCCUCAGUGCGCUGCUGCUGUGGCACGAAGCGGUGCAGACUGACCCUGAUCUCGCGAGAGAGGCCCAUCGCGUUUCGGACGGACAGACGGCGACCACCCCCGUCGCCUGGACGCCAGCCGCCUUCACGCCGCACACACAGCUCGCGCGUCGCGUGCCACGUUGUUUCUCCCAGUGCCUGCUCGUUGUUAUUCGUCUAAUCGCUGACUGAUCGACAAAACCCAAAACACACGUUACCGACGAAGACUGACCGCUUCUAACCAGUUAACCAGUUUCAAAUCCGAAAGAGUUUCGUCAACAGACACGCGCACCACUCGCAGAAAACUGUUGCUCUUUAUCGUGUGCGCUUGGUGUUGUUGCUAAACAGCUUGUUGUUAAAGCGUUCCUCAUACUUCUGGAUACGAACGAGUGCGUGCGACUUGGAAAGCAAAGAAAUUUCGAUAGUGCAAACAUUCCGGGAGAUUGCGCCCACCGAAAUCAGCGUCACGAGUGGUUGUGCUGACGAGCCGUACGAGUAGAGUGUUGUUGAUUUUCCCCUUUUCGAGGGCAGUUUUUGAGUGGUGCACGAUCGAUGCUGAUGUCUCGCUUCGACGUCGACCGGAACGUGUAAGACGACGUGUGCAACGUGCCAGCCACCUCCAAGAGGCUCACAAUUGCCGCCCCCAUUAACGUGGUACUUAAUAAACGAAACAACAGGUUGCGCAUUCCUAACGUACUUCAGUCCGGAGAGCGCCCUCAACGCCCAGAACGCUCUGCAUGAGAAACACACAUUGCCAGGGGGACUGACCGCACCGCCGCAACUCGCUGGCGACUUGUGGCGGGUCGCGUCCCAGCACACCCACCAUCAUCACAAACGGUGAUGGUUUUGUGGUGAGUACCAUAAAUCCAAAACUACCGCUUCGUGCGCCACGGCGCCGUAUAUCCAUCAAAAUGGAUGAACCGCCCCAUCCAAGUGAAACCAGCGGACAGUGAAAACCGCGGAGAUCGAAAGCUGUUCGUGGGAAUGCUAAGCAAACAACAGACAGAAGAGGAUGUCAGACAACUGUUCGCACCUUUCGGCACAAUAGAGGAGUGUACUAUUCUUCGAGGACCCGACGGUGCCAGCAAAGGUUGUGCUUUCGUGAAGUUCAGCUCGCAUCAGGAAGCGCAGGCGGCCAUUAAUAGCUUGCACGGUAGCCAAACUAUGCCGGGAGCCUCUUCCAGUCUAGUAGUAAAGUUUGCAGAUACCGAAAAGGAACGCCAACUGAGACGCAUGCAGCAGAUGGCCGGAAACAUGAGUCUUCUCAACCCUUUCGUGUUCAACCAGUUUGGAGCUUACGGGGCUUACGCACAGCAACAGGCAGCCAUAAUGGCGGCGGCAACUGCCCAGGGCACGUACAUUAAUCCGAUGGCGGCGCUGGCCACGCAAAUACCCCACGCCACGCUCAACGGCAUGGCAAACUCAGUGGUGCCGCCGACUUCAGGCGCAGGAACGGGUCAACCGGUGAACGGUGCAAUUCCCAGCCUGCCGUCGCCGACGAUGCCGACGUUCAACAUGGCCGCGCAGACCCCCAACGGUCAGCCCGGUGGUACGGAGGCUGUUUAUACCAACGGUAUUCCCCAAACAUACCCAGCUCAUGCCCUUCAUCUGUCCAUUCCAGCGCAAGGCUUGCCCAACGGCGAGGCGGCUCUUCAGCACGCGGCAUAUCCUGGUAUGCAGCCAUAUCCAGGAGUUGCAGCUUACCCCGCGGUAUACGGACAGUUCCCACAGGCAAUACCCCAACCCAUGUCGGCAGUCGCGCCCGCUCAACGGGAAGGAUGUUCCAUAUCUGGCCCGGAAGGAUGCAAUCUUUUCAUCUAUCACCUGCCGCAGGAGUUUGGUGAUGCCGAACUGAUGCAGAUGUUUUUGCCCUUUGGGAACGUGAUCAGUUCGAAGGUGUUUAUUGAUCGCGCUACAAAUCAAAGCAAAUGUUUUGGUUUCGUGUCAUUUGAUAAUCCAACGAGUGCGCAGGCGGCGAUCCAAGCGAUGAACGGCUUCCAGAUCGGCAUGAAGCGAUUGAAGGUGCAGCUGAAGAGGCCAAAGGACGCGAACCGGCCGUACUAACCCUGGCUGAUUGCCCACAAUCAGCCGGAUGGCAUACACGCCAAUCGUAUACUACUGAUCGCGCAUUGAAACCGAAUCGCAUGACAUACCGCUAAAGUAAAAACAAACAAACAGGGACAAUUGUGCCAUGCACGCGGCCCAGUAUAAAUUACAUAAAGAAAACACUUAAAAUAAAAACCAAAUAUAGCCGGUAGCAAAGCGAGCCGGAAAACUACACUAGAACAAUACAUAUAUUAAGCAACUUAAGGAAUUUGAACGGAUGCGCAUCAACACGCAGGAAAAGACGCAGCACAUACAAAAAUAUUUGAAUUACUAACAAAACUAUAUUAAAAGAAUUUAUAUUAUUAUAUAUUAUAUAUAUAUACUAUGACUAAACUAGCGACUAAGGGCUUAGACACGUAAGGGUAAGACGUUUUCGGGGCGUUUGCAACACACAGAAUUAACGAUUCACGAUCACACCGAUCAAAGCGGUCGGCGACGCGCAUCGUUCGCAAUUGUAUUCGAGAAAUUCCAAAUGGGCUGUGAUUAAAUAACAAAUCAGUGUUUGAUUGUACAGGCCGUUUUGUCUUCUCGUUUGUGAAAUGUAUUAACUAUUUUUCAGAGCGUCGUCGUAAACUCUAUAUUAAAGUAUAUACGUUGUAAGUAAUUGUGUGUUAAUCUGUAAAUCAGAAUUAUUGCGAACGAUGCCGGCGCACCGUGUACAGAAUCAAAUGCAAACGUUGCAGUAGCGACGAAAAAGGCGAUGGAAAAAAAAACACAGGUCAAAAUGAAAUUCAUAUAACACACAAUUACAAUUUGUAUUGAACAUUGCGAUUUGGAGAUGAAAAAAAAUGAGAUAAACACAAAAACAAAAGAGUAGUUGCCAAAAAAUUAUAUAGUCUGGGCAUGGUCCAAUUUGUGAUGCUAGUCACAUAUUUAUUUAUUACUAGGUAUACACACAUAUUGAAUUAUAUGAAUUAUAUAAAUUAUAUUAUUACUAAUUAUUACGAUUACGGUUUAAGGACGACGAGUGCGGACGGAUGUAAGAGUUACACGAGUUACACGCAUAUUAAAAAUAUUUAGAUAGGGUAUUAAGCGCUAAACCGAGUAUUCACAGGCUUUUGGAGACCUCCUUUGAAAGUCGCUUUCCAGACGCGCAGAAGAUCUUGUAAGAUAAACAUUUAUUAAGAUUACUAGGGAUGCAUACACGUAAUGACUUAUCUCGUAUCUUACAAAGUACCAACAUAUUAUCUUAAUCUUAAUGAAGAAUUGUACAUUUUAAAUUUACGAUAUGACUUAUUGAAACAUUGCGAGAAGGAGCGCUGCAUUAUACUUCUUGGUUAUUUAUCGCAGCUGAUAGUAGCGAGUUUUACAAGGAGGAUAUCAAAAGAACGCGCAGAUUGUUAACGUUGAAGUAAAUCGCCAAAAAAAAUAACGUAGGUUGUUGAUGAACAGAAAUUAGUAGCUUUGCGCGCGGGUUGCGGGUAGCUUGACGCCCUGUACGAUUAGAAGUUAAUUUUGUUUUUGGAGGUUUACCACGCCGGCAGAAGAUGUUACAAAGUGCAACAAUUAUCUCAAAAUUUAAGGCGGAAUGCCAACAAGACAGGAUUUAGUUUUGACUGGUAGAAAUUCAAGAUGGAAAACUGAUACUUGUACACUCGGCUGGGCCACACUAGUCAAAUUAUUAAAAUGCGGCUGCGUUUACUUAAAGAAAACGGCUGCGCUUAGUUAAUAACUCUACCUGCGUAAGAAAUAAAUUAUUGACACAAAAACUAUAAGUAAUUGAAUUAUUGAAAUUAGCGCUAAUUUACAUACUUAAUCAUAUUUAAACAAACCAAAAAAGUAAGAAAACAUAGUAUUAUACACUUUACGAUUGUACUUAAUAAGCUGAACAUAUAUUUCUAACUAAUAGUGCAAGAAAGACAAAACCAAACAAGCGGUAUAUGAAAUACACACAACCUAUGAAUAUUGCUGACGCAAGAUUAAGUUAGAGUUGAUCGACAACAAAACCAUGAAUUUAGUCGGGAUCUUCGUUCCAACUUUUCAAACGCGCCUUUUUACUAAAGAAUUACGCUAAAGAGUCUAAACGAUCACAAAUUGUACAUUGUACAGAAUGCGUGCUCAUCACAUUUAUACAGAGUUCAAAUAUCGAGGCGCUGUUGAUGUUGUAAAAGCUGUAAAUUAAAAAAGUACAUCAAUGGCGUGCCAUCUGAAAUCUAGUUGUUUGCGUUCGAUCGCAUCGUGGAUGAAACACACUUAAGCAGACUUAAGAGAAAACCUAAACGUUUACAAAGUGACGCGAUAUUUUUCCAACUUUACAUUUAGAGACACUUAGACCCGCCCCGUGGGGGCGUCGAGUAAAUGUAAAAUGUAAAAAAACGAUAUGCAUAUUUAAUCGGCGUUCAUUCAGAGACAAACUAAUCACAUACACACACAAAAAGGAAACAAACGUCGAUGAGUAUUUUUGUAUUUCAAGCGAAAAAUAUGAACAAAAUUAACAAAAAUCGAUAAUUAUUGGUGCGGGAGUUUUUUAUAUCGAUGACGACGGCGACGAAGUAGGUUGGGCGCGGUCGGACUUUGUUUUUCGAGUGCAAAAUUCUAAACAAACACGUUUGAUUGCAAAAAGGAACGGAUGAAUCGUUCGAAGGGAGAGCCUGUUUAAAUGUAGCAGCACAUAUUGUAUUAUUAUAACGCUAUCCAUUACAGACUAUAAAUGCAUUUGCAAAAUGCGUCUGAACAAGAGUUUUGAUGUUCUUCGGUUCGAAACUUAUUUAUUUUUGUUUUCGUGCAAUGAUUUCGUGCAAUAUUCAAUUAGUUACGAGUGCAACAAAUGUGGAACUGAUGGAAAAGUCAAGUGAAAACACUGAAAGAUUAAAAAUAAAACGCUUCAAGUUCGCUAACCGGCCAGAAAAUAGAAGAUUAUAAAUCAAGUUUCAAUUCUACUUAAAUAAUUAUGCGUAGCAUAGGCGUCUAGUCGAGCGUAUUUCGGUUCCGCAGAGGUUUUCGACUUUGCAAGUAUUGCAACAUUUGCUAUGCACAUUUCUAUCUAAGCGUUUUCAAUGAUUGAUAAACAUUUUUAGUCAAUAAGGCAUAAACUAAACACACUCGUAGCACGUAAACUACUUACAUAGCUGAUAGCGUACUAAGGAAUCUAAGGCUAAGCUUAGCAUUACAAAAACUAGUUGUAAAACCAAACAAACAAACAAAAAUGAUGAAAACUAACGGUCUCCCCAAUCAGACACACACGAGCGGAUAAUAAUCAACGCAGCGAAGUGAUCUAGGAUACAGGGUAUGUUUUUUGCAAUUAAAUUAAAUUAAACUUAAACAAAGCGACGAUCGACACACAAAACUCUCUCACGAUCACGUCACCUUUUCACACUCACCGUCUCGGCAUACGAGCGACAUCGACGCGUCGUUGUAAUCUUUGUAGGAUUCUCACGUAAGCCCUCUCAUUGCAAAUGUCGCUCCGUUGACGGAACACACUGUACAUAUAUCGGGGUCCAUUUUGAUCGCACCGUUUUAUACAAAUAUUUGCAAACUGAACUGGAUGGAGACGGAUGGGGACGUAUGUGCGAGUCGAUGCGCCAUUUUCUAUGACGAAAUGAUGACAGCAACAAUAUCAAUUUUGUAGGACAUUUGAGGUAGAUUUGCAAACAUUUGUAAGAAAUUCUUGGACUUGAAACCAACGAAUUGAGCCACCAGAAUUGCUGAGCUCUUUUCGUGUGCGCAUUGAUCCAAAUUCGAAAAUUUCUUAAAUUCGUAAUGAGAUUUAUACAAACGCAAAAACGAGUUGAAAAAAUUAAAAUAAAUUCGGAGCGCUCGCGUUACCCUUAUCGCAUCCACCCGCCCAUUGCAUCACAUGUAAGCUUUGCCACCCCCGCUAGCUGCUCGUCACACUCUCUCCGAACCGAAAGUCUUGGAUUCCAAUAUUUGACAAUAAACGAUCGCUCGCAGCGGUCGCACGCGAAAUGAACAAAACGACACGCUGCAAAAGUGUCUUAGACUUAGUGAAACAUUGGAAUUUCUAGGAAUUGAUAUCAACAUAACAGGCUAUCAAGAAAAACAGAACAACUUGUAACAUAACGAGAUACAUACUAGAAGUUGUGGGGAACGAUUAAUAAAAUGGGAUGGGUGUGGAUCAGUCGCGACGAUUUUCAUUUGCAUCGCAAGCUCUCCUCGAAUCACUCCGAAAUCAGAGUCAUCGUUCAUCCAUUCGUUUAUUCGCAUUUAUUUCUCUCAUAUAACGUACUUAUAAGUCGAUACAUUUAAGUACUAAUGAAAUUAAAUCUAAUGAAACACGUAAAACUUAAACCAACAAGUAUAUACAGAUGAAGAGCGACGCUGUUUUGCUAAGUGGCGCUUCACGAUAUCAUUUUCUAGUUGAUGAAACAGAUUAAUCACAUAAACUACAAUUUACACAAUAAAUAAUGAAAAAUGCAAACAAAAAAAGUGGGAAAAUUUAGCAAAUAAAGAUUUCAUCGACAUAUAUUUUAGCUACGACUUAGACAUAGGGUAGUGAAAGAUAAACAAAAGUAAUCAUAAUGAAAAUAUAUAAAUAUAUAUAAAAAAUCUAUAAUUUCUAUUAUACGUAUAUACUAUUAUUAUGAGAGGGUUAAACACAAAUUUAAUGAGCAAAUUUAACUAACUAUUAUUACAAUUUGAAUAACCGAUGGCGGUGUGUGCAUGGAGAAAAGCAAGAGAAACCAAACAUUAAGAAUAAAACAUUUUCGAGGAAAUCAACAGCGUUGAGACGACGAUCCCGAUUCGAUCUCGAUCGGGGCCGGAGAGCUUCGACGAUCGCUUGACUAAAUUUUGAUAGAACAUUAUUAUAUAUUUACUAUUUGACGAGACAAAGUUUAAUCUUACAUACAUAUUACUUAAUGCAUAAAAUACAUAAAUCUAGUCUGAUACAUAUAAAGUUGCAAAUGCGUGCUGUUAGGACGCAGAGACGAUGAACUAAAGAUAUCUUGCCAAUUCUUUUGAUGUUUGAUCUUCACAUCAACACGUAUGAGGUGAGAGUGAGGAAUAAAAGAGAUUUCACCCAACAUUUUUGAUGCUGGGACCAAGCUAUUUUGUUUACUUUCUUGUCUUGCGUUGGUUUAUGCUUUAUUACUCGAGGAUAUUUGUAAAUACAUUUUAAUGGUCUUUUUCGUACAACAAAAAGUAAGCGGGAGUUUGAACAUAAAAUUAUAACGUUUAAUAUGAUAUCGAGUGAAACGUGGACGAUGUCGAAGUAAGAGGUGCAUCUAGUCAGGAAGUCCUCAAGUUCAUGUGAUUUAGAUAAAUAAAUAUCAAAAAACGUGCUAAACACACAAGACACAAAAGACGACAAGAACAUUCGUUGAUUUUAAAGUUGAUUUCGAGUUUUUAUCGAAUGCGUUUGUUUUCAUGAUUUUCUAUAUUUAUUGCGUCGAUUUAAGCUAAUUACUUACUAAUAUAAAUUAUACAUAUAUUACAAGUAUUUAAAUAUAUUUAAACGAUAAAUUACGGAAGCAUUUAAUGAAAUUAUUUAAAAGUGAAGAUAACGUAGUAGAAAAAGGUAAUUAGAGCUUUCUAUGAUAUUCCGUCGCGCGUUGCUUGCAUUUCCGCUAAACCAAUGAGAAAGAUCGAGGCGUUGAUAAACAUUUUGGAGGAAAUCCGAAAGGAACAAAGACGGGAUAUUCGCUACGCUUGUAUACAGUAUUAACUGAGGUCCUGCGCCGUAGGAUGGACGACACAGUGCGCGAAUCGUGGUUAUCAAUAUCGGAGGUAAUAAAACUAAAACAAGAGACACACAUUCAUCAAUUACAUUUUAAGGAUAAUCCAAGCCAUACUCUGUUGCAUGUGUCGGUUUUAUUACAUUUUACACAAAAAUUAUUAUAUAUAAUUAUAUUAUACUGAUAUAUAUAUUAAAAAAAAAAAACAAAAAUAUUAUAUUACAAAAAUAAAUUUAAAAUACCUAAAAAAUAAAACAAAUAAACAAAUGAAUUAUUAUUACGAUAUAAUAUAUUAUUAUUAUAUAUUAAAUAGAUAGUAGAGAAAUAAAUUAAAUUAAUGAAUCGAUCGAGCCGCAAGCGUGUUUCGGCCGGAAAUGUGGAGAAUGGCAUGGUUUAAAAUUAUUCAGAGAGUUAUUCCGGAAAUCGUUAUCAAUUUAUAUCGACAAACACUCAAAAAACGCGCAAAUAAACGCAGGAAGAUGCGAGCUGACCCAAAACAAAACUGUAAUCAUCGGAGAUACAACUCCUCAACUUCUGAAACUACAGCAUGAAAUAUACGAGUAAUAAUUAUGUUUAGCUGAAGCAGUGACAACAAGCCAAUUACUGAUUGUAUACUAAAAUGUAACAAUACCGCAUACAACUCUGUAACACUUGUGAAACUUUGUAAAACUCAGAAAAUGUCAUCAUGAACUUAUUGUCAGUUUUGAAUUGUUUGAAAUUUCUGAGGUGCCAAUGAAACUCACCUUUGUUCAAUUUUUUGCUCUUGUUAUUACUUGUAGAUUUCGCUGGCUUCUGUCGAUUUCUCGAUCGGAAAUCUGCGCAUCUUUCACCUAAAAGCAAACCAAGAAAUAACAUUGUAAAUUCAAAGUUCGAUUUAUACAUGCAUUAAACUAACGUAUAAUUACGAGUACAUACCAUAAAGAAUUACAUUUAAAAUAUUGAUGAGAAUAUAUUUAUUACGGUUUUACAUGUACCUAUACCAAUUAAUGACAUAUUUACUAAUUUACUUGAUCUCGAACGGACAUUCUGCGACGAGCGAUAAAGAAAAUAUCGCAAAUUUACAGUGCAAAACAGUGAGAAUCGUGAAGAGGUACUGAGAAAGAAACGACAUGAGUUGUAAUCGAUCAUGCGAAUUAUGAAUUUAAACCGAACAACAAAACGAUGAUGAUAAAUGAUACUUAUUGACAUAUUGUGACAUAUAUAAAAUAAUUGAUGAUGAAGAUACUAUGAUUACUUGGGUUUUGGGAUUUAUUUCGAGGACGCUAUCCAGUUCAUAUGAAAAACUUUAUAAAAAGAAUUAUAAUUAAUAAAGUUAAAUAUAAUGCAUA